UCAGCUGAUUAAGUACAUGUAUAUUGACCUAUGAUGAAAAUACUGUAAACAAAGCCUUGUUGAUUGUAAUGUGAUUAUCAGAUACUUACAAUAAUAAUAGUAGUAUUCGUUUUUUCCCGGAACUGUAAAGUAAUAUACAAUGAAAAUACUUUUUUGUGUGUGUGUAUGUUUAUUCGUCAUUUGGAAUUUUUCAAACGGAGAUGCAAGGAUUCAAAGAAAUAAAAGAUAUAUAGUGUCUCGCAACAUUACCAAGUGGAUAGAUUCAGGAUGUAAAUGCCAAAACUAUUCCUGUGGUUGCUGUGCCCAUCUUGAUGUUCCAAGGAUUGGACUGAAUGAUACAGGUUGUGUGAACUUUACCUAUCUACCAAAGGAGUAUGGCAUUUCCUUCACAGUAACUAUUGAUAACUACACAGUGUUUAACGAGACCAUCUCAGUCCACAACCCACCACCACUAUGUUUUGGAGCUCCCAUGCUAAAAGAAUUUGCUGAUCUGUGUGUUCACUUCUACAAUAUAACUAUCUCCUGGAACAAGGCUUACGGAUGUGUCAAAGUAGAGGCCAGAAUUCACCAUGUUGUUAUAGCAUCAUAUGAGCUUGGCUGUUUUUCUGUGGGUCAUGGUCUUCAUCACGUAUCAUACAACAAGAAUCAUCAGUUAUUGUCAAGAAGAGGAAACAGACUUUACUGAAAACAACCAUACUGAAAUGAGUUUUAUGUUAUAUUAAUCUGUUUUUUUUUUGCUUUAUGUCGACCUGACUAUUAGUAGCACAUUAAUCUGUGAUCUACUAGUUUCAUCACUGGACCCAACUUUAUAUGAUCUUCACUUAUAUCCGCAUGACUGGGUCCUGACUCCUAACUGUAUCUAACCUCAACACUUGUGUAAUAACUUCUGCUAAAUAAACAAGAGAGAAGAUAUCCUAAUGAUUAUUUAACUGAAUCUUCCUACGACUAAGCUUACUUUAUGUUAAAUGUCUCGGUUAACUGUUAAGGGUGGUACACUGACCAAUGAAAACUAUAAUUUUUUUUUUGAGGCAGCUACUAUAAUCAAGUUAUGAAAUCCUUACCUUAUUUAAGCACACAGUAAAUAUUAUGUUACAAUGAAAUAGAUUUUCAUCUGUCUUCAUCUAAAAGGUUAUACUUAUUAGUUAACCAUAAUAUGUAAGGACAUUUUUGAUUACAAGUUUCCAUUGAAACAAAACUAUCUUUACACAGUAAGCUGUCAGUUGGUAACUUACAGUUAUGUUUUAA